UUCACGCAAAGUAAUGUUAUUUUUGUAGAGGUGGAUGCAAGUGUGACGUGCAAGAGGAGCAGGAAAAUACUUGCCGAAACGAUCUAGCAACAACAACGAUUGACACGUACAGUUAUCGUUGCUGAGUGUUGUGUCUAGUUGUAGAAAAGAAUGACGCAUUGAAAGUGGAAGUUACAGAGUUAGUCGUCCUACUCAUUCAUUGCAAGUUAAGAAUUUGAUAUAGAUGGUGGACUACAUCUUUGAAGAGUGGAAACUACACCGGGCCAGGAAAGCUGUUUUGAAGCAUAUCCCAUGUUAGCACUCAGGUCAAAUGUGCUGUAGAUAUGAACCUUCAGUGUAUUUCAAAGAUUCACACAUCUGAAGUAAUCAUAGAUCUGAUAUUGUUUAUGUAGAAGAGAACUGUUUUGAGCCCACUAUCAGUAUUAUUAAAGUAUGAGUGGCAGUAAAAUUGACCUGAAAGUUGUGCUUUUGGGAAAGUCAUAUGCUGGGAAAACCAGCUUGGUGGAGCGAUUUAUUCAUGGCAGAUUCAGUGGAGAUGUUGUACCCUAUCAAAAUACUAUUGGAGCUGCGUUUGGAGCGAAAAAAAUUGUUAUUGGAAAAACACCUGUUGUACUUGGCAUCUGGGACACAGCAGGAAGUGAGCGAUAUGAGGCGAUGAGCAGAAUUUACUACAGGGGAGCCAAGGCUGCCAUUGUGUGUUACGACUUGGCAGAUGGCACCAGUUUUGAUCGGGCAAAGUUCUGGAUAAAUGAACUUCAGCAGAAUGAAGAGGCCUGUAAAGUGUACUUGUGUGGCACAAAGAAGGAUAUUAUAGACACAAACCGAUCAGCUAGAGAGGUAGAUUAUCACACUACAACUGACUACGCUGAUGAAAUUUCAGCAGACAUUUUUGAAACAUCCAGCAAGAGUGGAGAGAAUAUAGAGGAACUUUUUGCUAAGAUUGCAGAGGAUUAUUUAGCCAAACAAGCAGAGUUGAAACGAACAAAAGGAUCAACAGAUUCCAUAAAAGUGGGCCCAGAGAUGCAGAAGGGGAGCUCAUGCUGCCCCAGAUGAUGACUUACACCCUGAUAUCACAUGUAUACUCUGUCGUUUUAACACUUAAGUGAUAUCUGAUUUGAUGACUUACACCCUGAUAUCACAUGUAUACCCUGUCGUUUUAACACUUAAGUGAUGUCUGAUUACGCUGAUGUAAAGGAAGUUUUAACUGUGAUUGGCUUGUGUAGCUGUGUAAAGGACGCUUUUUUUUCUCUUUUUAUCAUGCACAAAGGCUUUAUUAUUCAUAUUGAUUCAUGUACAUCAUAACAUGUGUAUGCGUUUGCUGUGAUCCCAAGACAAAGCAGUUAUGGCAUGCGUGCUGAUUUUGAAUCAUUGUAAUCAUUUUAUUGAUUGAAUGAAUAUCAGAUAUAUCAGAUAUGGCUAUAUGGAGUAGAGCUAACUUAUUAUGCUUACAUGUGAAAUUAGUAUAUGCACAUGUAAGGGGGACAAUAAGUUCAAUGGUUAUAUCACAGAUGUUCUGGAAACGUAGGUAUGAAAUGUCUGACGAAAGCACCUUAUUAUCAAAACUGAAUAUUUAAUCUGAGGGCAUGGUAACUACAACAGUACAGGUAUUAACAAGAUGAAGACAAUAUACCGCUUUAAUGCUGACAUCACUUGUCAACAACCUGAGCUUUAAGGUACCUAAGGUGAUUGGUGUGAUUGUUGGUGUGAAAGCAGUAUGCAUUUGAGAUCACUGCAACAAGGUUACAAGCUUACAAUACCAGGGCAAGGUUUCAGACCUCUUUGGUUUUUGAGAUGAAGCCCUUUCAAGCCGAGUAUAGGUAAAUUUCUUUCUAUUUGUUGGCCAUAAAUGAAGGAAAUCCAAAUGAUUGAAAAUAGUAUGGCAUUCAUUUAGUUUCAUAAACAAGCUUAACCUUCGAAUGUGACCAAGCAAAUGUGGGAUCGUGCAAUUCAAAGUAUGAACCAUUUAGUAUAUGACUUGAAUCUUCAUGCAUGGGGGGAAAAGAAAGAAAGAUGGCCAUGGAAAUUAUCUGAUCAGGCUUUAUUCCAUGGGGGAGUGCAUUCCCUGCUGUGUCACUGAUUACACACCUGCCAUAGUGCUCUGUAGAGAUGAGGACGUAGGAGAGAAAGUAACAGUACCUUCUCAGUAAUCCGCAAUGAGACAGACAAUGCUGAUAGGCAAUCACUGGUGAUAGGAUGUACAACUAACCAGUAUUUUAGAUUAGGUUUGUAAUGAUACUGAGGCCAGCUGUUCAAAAGUGUACUAGUAGUCAGAGUACAAAACUAAUGACACAGUUAAUGCCAGAUUUAAGUGCUAAUACACUUUCCAAAAAUUGAGUCCUGCUGUUGGUUAAAUUUGAUGGCUGACAUUUGAUGUUCAGAUUUAUGUACUCUACAUGUAGUUCCAAUUCAGGUGUGCCUAGGUUACAAGCCAGUACAAGAUAAUAAAUAGAGUAUGGUAUAUAAAUACAGAGCUGACUUAAGACUUUCCUCUGUAAAUUACCCUAAACUAUUGCUGUAGGCAGAAGACAUUCUACCUAUUUUGUGUUCUCUUAAGUUUCGGUUCCAUAGAUGUAUAUCAGUUCAUCUUAUCAACAUCCAUGCUAAAUUUACAUCCAGUAUUGUCCCAUAGCAUAGGAAUAUGUGAGAAUUGGUUAUUCUUCCUUAACCAUGUAAUGAUCAUAUACAAAUAAAAAGGCCAGAUUUGCUGUACUGAUGAAUAGAAAUCAAUCAGAUUUUAGAUGAAUCAGAUUUUAGAGACAGAUCUUAUGAAAUUGAUUUUUCAUUUAACUGCUUGUAUUCGAUGAAAUGAUGUGACAAAUAUCAGAGUGUGAGAAUGGCUUACCAUGUACCCUGAUGUUCUGUCUGGCAUGAACCUUUAUGCAAAGAGAUUUUUAAAGAAAUAAUCUUGGGUUAGUCAAAAUGCCAAGCACUUAUGGUGGAACAAAUCUGUUUUUAAAUUUAUUGCAGUUUAUGUCUUUGUGUAUCCACUUUCUCUUCACUAUUGAGAAUUUUGUUGACAGAAAACUGUACUAUUUCUUGAAUUGUGAAAUGGUCUGAUCUAGCCUUGCCUGGUUAUAAAUGAAAAUGGUGCAUAUCCAAACAUCCAAUAAGAGCUUUGCCUCAGCAUUUAUAGACUGAGCAAAAUGGCAGCUGUGGAAAAAUAUAAUAUUCAUGUUUUCAAUGUGCUUUAUUGUUUGAAGACUGGCCCCCAACAAAAAGUUUGAAAUCAUUGUGAAAGCGGCGAUGUUACUGUACAUGAAAUAAUACCUGUUUUGGUUUGUGUGCUACUACAUAACAUUUCAUAUGUACACUUACAAUACAGUGAGCUGGGGAUGUUUUAGGUUGUUCUACAAUCAUGUCACAAAUCCCACAGCCUGCAUGUACGUGUGGCAGUGGUGUGUAGGCUAAUCGAUUGUGUUGUGAAGUAUUUGAACCGGAAAUCAAAUUUAAGUGCACAUGAGAGAUGAUAUGGAGCAAGUUAUUGUACCAGGAAUACUAAUUGUGCAUGUAAAAUGCUUCUCUCUAUGUCUCCAAAUCAGCAGUCUUAGUUAAUCCUAAUGUUUAAUCCCUCAUAAAUUUCAACGUUUACAAAGAUGGAGAUUUUGUAUGCUGGCAAAACUACUUUAAACAAACCUAAAUCCUCAACAAAACCACAUACAUGUACAUAGUAUGUGUUUUGACAUGUUAAAGGAAUGUUAUUUGAACUGGACAGCUUACUUCAUUAAUUCUACAGAGUUCAUUUGUACCUAUUAACUGAACAGUAUGUUUUGUUUUCAAAAUAUUGUGAAUCAUACUGUAUCAAAUUGCACCUAAAGUAAUAAUGUACAGGUCGAAUAUGUUGAGUAUUUAGGAUGUAUUCAGUAACUAAGUAUUAUGAGGCCAGAUCAACAUCCUAUUCAUCAUCCCGUUAUUCGUUUUUGAAGUUUAGAAGUUAUAUUGACAAAAUUACUUGACUGCUAGAUGUACACAUCAGAUACUCUACCCACAUGUACACCAUUUUACAUGUUGACUUUAUAAUGAAAAAAAUCUGCCUCACCUGUAACAGAUAAUCAAAACCAGACUGUGUGUUAUUUAAACACCUGGAGAUGCUGUCACAAGUGGAGAAAUGCCGGUGGUCUAAAAUACUAGUUGCAGUUGGGCAGCAUAAGAAAGCUAUGGUAGUUGGAUUUUAUUCUCUUUACACUACAUACAUGUGCCUUCAUCCAAAUAAGUCCAGAGCUUGUGGGUUGUUUUUGCAGAGAUUCGGUCAUUCAAUGCUUUUAAUCAGUUUUAAAUCCUGUAAUGAGCAAUGUACAAUGGCAACGGUUGGUAACAUCACUAGAAAUUCUCCACAUCGGUUGCCAGUUUGUAGACUUUUUUUUUUUUUUUCUCAUUUUUUGUGACAUGAAUGUUGUCCCCUUGCUUCACAAGAAAUUGUUUUGUAUUCCAAAAAUGUGAAUGUUUUCUGCAUCUUCUGUAUAUGAAAUAUCCUACAAUUGCAGUAAAUAUUAAAUGAUAAUAAAAGCCUAUCUUUCAUCUA